UCCACUACGAUUCCAUCAUCGACUGCGUAUAUUUUCCAAUCCUCCCAAUCCAAUCCAACCUUUCUCUCUCUAAAACCACGCACACAGCUCUCAUUCUCUCCUCCGAUCUCUCUUUCUUCUUCUCUCCUAAACCCUAGAUCGACAGAGCUCACAGAAACGCAAUCUCAGGCCAUUGUAUCAAGAUAAUUGGAAAUGGUAGAUAACAAUUCAACUUCUAAUUCACCGGCUGAAAGCCAAACCCAUAAUCCUGAUGGGAAUUUACCUUCUGAGAGUGGUGUUUCGAUUGAUUCGCUAGCACGGAAGGUUCAAGAGUCGCUCUCUCUUGCAAAGAGGCACAAGUUUUGGGAAACCCAACCUGUUGGGCAGUUCAAGGAUUUGGGUGACACAAGUUUGCCCGAAGGACCAAUUGAACCUCCAACACCCUUGUCUGAAGUCAAACAAGAACCUUAUAAUCUUCCCAGUCUCUAUGAAUGGAUAACUUGUGACAUGGACUCUGAAGAGACGUGCAACGAGGUUUAUGCCCUACUGACCAACAACUAUGUUGAGGAUGAUGAGAACAUGUUCAGGUUUAACUAUUCAAUGGGAUUCCUUAGAUGGGCUCUUCGCCCUCCUGGUUUUUUCAAGAAUUGGCACAUUGGAGUUCGAGUCAAAAGCUCAAAGAAGUUGGUUGCUUUUAUUACUGGAGUUCCUGCAAGAAUCAGGGUCCGUGAUACUGUUGUUUACAUGGCAGAGAUCAAUUUCCUGUGUGUUCAUAAGAAACUCAGAUCAAAACGGCUUGCUCCUGUCAUGAUAAAAGAGGUGACUAGAAGGGUUCAUUUGGAGAAUAUGUGGCAAGCAGCUUAUACUGCUGGUGUGGUUCUUCCCACACCCAUAUCAACUUGCCAAUAUUGGCAUAGAUCGUUAAAUCCGAAGAAGCUUAUUGAUGUUGGAUUUUCUAGGCUUGGUGCAAGGAUGACAAUGAGUCGAACAAUAAAGCUGUACAAGUUGCCAGAUUCAACUGCUACCCCGGGGUUUAGGAAGAUGGAGUCCCACGAUGUACCUGCAGUUACACGUCUGCUUAGGAAUUACUUGAGUCAGUUUCUCGUUGCACCUGAUUUUGAUGAAAAUGAUGUAGAACACUGGCUUCUUCCAAGGGAGAAUGUCGUGGAUAGUUAUCUGGUUGAAAGCCCUGAGACUCAUGAAAUCACUGAUUUUUGCAGUUUUUACACGCUUCCAUCUUCUAUCCUUGGAAACCAGAAUUACACUACUUUGAAGGCCGCUUAUUCUUACUAUAAUGUGUCUACAAAGACUCCAUUGCUUCAGCUCAUGAAUGAUGCUCUCAUUGUAGCCAAGCAGAACGAUUACGACGUCUUCAAUGCUUUGGAUGUUAUGCAGAAUGAAUCUUUCUUGAAGGAACUGAAAUUUGGACCUGGUGACGGGAAACUCCACUAUUACCUCUAUAACUAUCGAGUAAACCACGUUUUGAGACCAUCAGAACUUGGGCUCGUGCUUCUAUAGUUUGAUGUCUCAAUUUCAGUUCUGGCAUGCACUACCGGAUGCAUUUUGGGUAAAAUAUGCUGAUUGUCUUAGUUUAAAGGCUGAAACAAUUGCCAUUCAUACUCGUUGACAAUCCAUGAUUAGAUUCUUGUUUUUAUUUAUUUUGUGGAAGAUAAAUUUUGUGAACUUUCUUUACCCAAGUUUCAUUGGCAAUUCACUAGUGUUAAGCUUGCCAUGUGGUUUAGAGCUGCAAGAAGGUUGUUAUAUCAAACAAUUUUCUCUUUCAGCCCCUUUGUUAUCAGUUCUCUUCUGCUUUAAACUUCUUAUUUGCCCAUUGUUGUCUAGGUGCUCUUGAUGUCUCUAGGAAAGAAUGGUUAUGAAUUCACGCUGACUAAUUUUUGUUC